AUGGUUGCCAUUUACCGGACCAUCGACUUAAAGAAUAUCGUUAUAUUAUGGAUCAACUGUUUUAGUAAUUAUGUUUACCAUAAACUAGAAAAAUUGGUUACAAAUGAUUAUGUACUGGUCUAUUUUCACGGUGCAACGCCUAAACAUCGAAUGCCCGAUCUUAAGUUUUUGAAAAAAUGCUAUCAAAUGAUUAAUCUAAGGCUUCGUAAAAAUCUUCGAUCCGUUUAUGUUGUUCAUCCGACGCGUUGGUUACGAACUGUUAUUGCUCUGUCGCGACCAUUUUUUAGCAAUAAAUUUUAUCAUAAAGUACAUUAUGUUUACACAAUAGCCGAACUCGAGCAACAAUUACCAAAUAAUCAUUUAGAAAUACCGAAUAUGGUUGAACAAAUGAAUUGGUUAUUUUCUCAGCGUUAUGAUCGACCUGGAAGCGUAUCUCAUCCGCAUCAUCAUGAAAAACAGCCAGAACCAACAACAAGCAUAGUGGCGAAAGAUUCAUCAUUAAAUGAAUCAACAGUGUGA